GCGGCGGGAUGGCCGAGGCGCAGCCGGGCCCUUCUGGGCUGCAGCUCAGCGCACUGCCCGACCACUCGCCGCUGCUGCAGCCCAGCCUGGCCGAGCUGCGGCGCCGGGCCGCGGAGGCGGGCGAUCGGCUGGUGCCGCCGCAGCUCACAGACCCCUUUCUGCUUCGGUUCCUGCGCGCCCGGGACUUCGACCUCGACCUGGCCUGGAGGCUACUGAAAAACUAUUAUAAGUGGAGAACAGAAUGUCCAGAAAUAAGUGCAAAUCUAUUGCCUCAAAGUAUUCUUGGCCUUCUGAAGGCAGGCUACCAUGGAGUCCUGAGAAACAGAGAUCGCACUGGAAGCAAAGUUCUUAUUUACCGAAUCACAUACUGGGACCCAAAAGUUUUCACAGCUUAUGAUGUAUUUCGUGUAAGUCUAAUCACAUCCGAGCUUAUUGUACAGGAGAUAGAAACACAACGAAAUGGUGUCAAGGUUAUCUUUGAUUUGGAAGGCUGGCAGUUUUCUCAUGCUCUUCAAAUUACCCCAUCUGUAGCCAAGAGAAUUGCUGCUGUUCUUACAGAUUCCUUUCCACUAAAAGUUCGUGGUAUCCAUUUGAUAAAUGAGCCAAUGAUUUUCCAUGCUGUCUUUUCUAUGAUUAAACCAUUCCUGACUGAAAAAAUUAAGGAACGGAUUCACAUGCAUGGGAACAAUUACAAACAAAGUUUACUUCAGCAUUUCCCAGAUAUUCUUCCUCUGGAAUACGGCGGCGAAGAAUUCUCCAUGGAAGACAUUUGUCAGGAGUGGACCAAUUUUAUAAUGAAGUCUGAAAAUUAUCUCAGCAGCAUUUCACAGACCAUUCAGUGAGAAGCUACUUAAUGUAAAUGGCUUCCUAAUUAAAAAUACAGGAAUGGUCUGGUUACAUGAAUGAAAAAUAUUCCAUUAAACUAAUUAAUCAGGUUGAUCAUGUAAAAAAUCUGAUAAAUUCUGGGUAUUUGGGAAAAUGCCUUUAUUUUUAAAAUACAUCUCCUUAAAAAUAUAGGAGAGUCCUGGUUUUUACAUUCGAAAGAAAAUGACCUCUAAAGUAACUAUCCAUGAACAUCUUUGUUCCUGCAAAGUUUCAUUUUUAAAACAAGUUCUUUGUUUAUGAUAGUUUAGUAAUAAAUUUAUAAAUAAUCCACUGAAAAUAAAUAUUAGCACAAAUAAACUGAUGAUAAAAAUCUGUUAACACUGUUUGUCAUGGAUUUCAGGUUAGGCUAUAGUGUAGAUUUUUACAGUUAUAAAAUAGUUCAUCUUAUCUCAGGGAAAUUCUGUUUUAGCACAUAUGCACAAUACAGAUUGAAGAGUCUAUAAAUUGUAAACUCAUAUGUAGCAUCUAUGGGUCUCUGAAAUUAUUCAUGUUAAUACAACAAAUAGCCAAAAAUAAUUUAGAAAAAUUUCAGGCACAGUUGAUGUCUCCUUAAUACUGUUUCUGCAUUUUCAAACAAUUCAAGACUGUCAUUGACUUCUAUUUUUGGUUAUUCUUAUCACAGCUACAUGGAGAUUUGGAAAUGGAGCAAUAUUUAAUUGUCUUAAACAUGGGCUCUAUUUUUAAUUGGGCAAUAACACAAUUUCACAAGGCAAAAGAAAUGCUCACAUUUUUAUAUCAAUGACAGUUAAAUCUGGAACUUUUCCAGAUAUACAGAUAAUGUAUAAAAUAAUUUGAAUUUUAUUAUGAGAAUAUUCUAACCAAG